AUGCAGCUUAAGAAAGCCGGCAAAGGCCACCAGGCGGUCGCUAUGACCGUCUUGGUCAGCGCUGUUCUGUCGGGUCAUACCUGGGCUGCGCCGUAUACUCCACAGAGAGAUCCGUUCAAGGUGUUGGAUCCGCAGAAUUGGGUAAAUCCCGAUAACAUGACCUGGGCAGACUACAAAACACCUCCGGGGACGUCCUGGUCUGAUCCAAGCCGUAAAGGCUCCGUUCGAAACUUCAACAUUGCCCUCGUGGCCGUUGACUACCCGGACGAGCCCUUCGUCAUUACGCAGGCGCCAAACUCGACCGUUUUUGGCAACCCGCUGCCAAUCGUAUCUAGUGUCAACCGUACGGAGGUGCCGGCCUUUUAUCGCGAUUUUCUAAACAAGCCCAGCGAUCUCAAUCACAAUCACACCCUCCAUGAGUAUUGGAUGGAGGAUUCGGGUGGGCGAUUUGGAGUGGAUUUGACAGCUUUUGGUGCUUACCAGCUACCCAGUCGUUCAUAUCAGUACGGUAUUGAUGAUGAGCGGGGCGGGUUCAACGAGGGUGCUUGUCCAUCUGAAGGGCCGUGUUCUAUCGACCUGCGAACAGACGCUCUAGGAGCCUGGCGUGCCGACGUGGGUAAAGACACCGCCGAUUCCUUUGAGCUAGUCUUCAUUCUCUCGGCUGGUCAGGAUGAGUCUUCCACCUGGCAGGAGUUUGGCGAGAUGAAAUUCCUCACCCCUGAGGACGUGCCAGACGAGUUCGGGCCUCCAAAUGAUGAUAGUCUACCCAAUUAUGCCGCAACGAGAUACGUGAACUGGACAUCCUGGCAGGCGGCGAGCGUAAUCUGGCCAAAUGCGGGCGGCGGCUCAUCCACGCAGGCAGAAAGCUCGGGCAUGUCCACCUACGCCCACGAAUUGACUCACUUGCUAGGUAUCGGUGAUAAUUAUAACAACCCGUACAGCGACCCCCCGCGUCGCGCUUACACGGGCCCUUGGUCGAUGUUGUCCCGAGGCAGCUUUAAUGGUCCGGGCGGCCCGCACACACGAUGGCAGAUUCCAGCAACUCUUGGCGGAAGCUUGGGCUCCCUUCAUACCGUUUCAGAUAAACUGCGCAUCAAUCUAGCUGACAAUUCGAGCGUGCUUACGGUCUCGCGUGAGGCUUUAUCCAGCUCUGGACCCGUAGUCGCUGAGAUCACCGCGAGAUGCAUCAAUCCAGGAGAAGGGGAAUUGUUAGGUUUACACGUCAUUCUAGGCAAGGAUCUUUCCCCAUUCUGUAACGUCAGUACCGAUGCCCUUUGCGAUGGUGGCGGUUACAACAACUACGAUAUCGAAGUCAUUGACCGAAUGGGUGCCGACUCGUUUACCCCUGACUCGGGAGUUAUGAUCAGCAAGACUAAGGAUGUUGAUAAUGCUCCUUUCCAGUGGACAAUCGAUGCCAACCCUCAGGACAUCGAUGUCAUUGACUUCUACCGACCCGACGGCACAGCCUCCAAGUUGACUAUAGGCGACUAUCGCCAACUAGCCGAUGCGUUGUUCCAUGCAGGCACGCGAUCAGGUAGUGAGUAUGAAUACACCGACGAAGCGAAUCGGCUACAUUUCUACAUCAUCGACAUUCGUCGCGACGACGUUGGCAUCCUUCAUUACACCGUAGGUGUACGAUCGCUUGACGGCAGCGGGUCUAGCACCUACAGCGUGGAUCUAAGUGAGGGUCAAAUUGCAGAGGGACCGAGAGCUAGGGCCAGCGUUAAGGGAGUAACAUGCGCGUUCCACUUAACCAAUUCUGGCAUAUACGUGGACGGUAACGCGACGCAUCCCCAAGAUCUGUCCGCAUAUCUGAACUCAGAUAUAUAUCGACUCAGCGCCGAGGUAGAUAGCGAGGGGUGGCAUGUCGAGGUACCAAACGCGCUGACAACUGCUAAAUUCGGCUCGUCGAGUACGGUCAAUGUGGCUGUUGGUGCUGCUGCAGAGGCCGCGGAUAGUGCAGUUGUUAGAUUAACAGCUACUUCUGAGUCAAGAACAAUAAUGUUCGGUUCAAGCAACACAUUCGACCCCAAUACCGACGUCCCAGACCUAAGCGGGAAGGUGUUUGUAGUGACGGGCGGCAGCGCGGGUAUCGGGUACGGAAUAUCAGCACAUAUCCUGCAGCACGGUCCCGCGAAGCUUUAUCUUCUCGGAAAGAAAGAAGAGCACCUGGCUGAAGCCGAAGAAGAUCUCAAAAAUUACGGCGAUGUCUCGCGUGUUGAAUUUAUCAAGUGCGAGCUCGAGGAUCUUAGACAUACGGAUGAGGUGGCGCGGAACUUAGCAUCUAAACUCGAUCGGCUAGACGCUCUUGUUCUCAAUGCCGGGCUCGGUGUUGGAAAAUACAACGAGACCAAGGACGCUCUUGACAGCCAUAUGCAAGUCAACGUGAUCGCACAACACCACCUCGCGCGAGUUUUGCUUCCGAAGCUUAUCGCAACACGUAACAGCCGACUGUGCUUCCAAUCUUCCGAGAUGCAUCGCAUGGGCACCAGCGGUGUCGAGUUUAGAGACGUUGCAGAGAUUAACCAGGAUAUUGGGCCUACUAAACUAUACUCGCGCUCUAAACUUGCGCAGGUACUACUAUGCAGGACGUUCAACCGACGCAAGCAGCGUGGCGAGCUAGGUCUCGUGCCUGGGAUGGGGCCAUGGAUUAAUGCUACGCACCCUGGCGGCGUGAAUACAGAUCAGCCAAAUCAGGCUCUUGACGCAUACGGAACCGUCGGAAGUAUGCUUAUUCAGGCCGUGAGGCCGUUCAUGAAGGAGCCGGCCGAGGAAGGGUGUCGACCCAUAUUGUUCGCUGCGACGAGCGAUGCCGUCGCGGAGGAAAAGAUCGAUGGGCAGUAUAUUAUACCAGACAGGAAGGUUUCAGAUGUUAGCAAUCAGGCCAAGGAUGAAGAACUCCAGGAGAGGUGCUGGAGGUUAGUAGAGGGAAUUUUGAAGGAAAAAUUAGGAAACCUACCUUAUGAUACGAAUUAA